AGGAGGGUUCGAGCAAGUACACAACUCCACGAGCCAAGCUCAAAUUCAAAAAUGGGCUAUUGUGCCUAAGUUUUUCAGAUUCAGACCAGUUCCUAUCGCGUUGAGGCCUGAAGUUGAGCUAAGUUGGAAGAAAUGGUACGGAAUGGUACCAUAA